AUGCGGUAUAAGAAGUCGAAGCGAGUAUAUCCACAAUGUCCGUGCUUCGCCUUGGUAAAACAAAAGGAGGAUGGGUGUGUUUCUGUUGUUGCUUGUUUCGGACAUCUAGGCCAUGAAAUCAACAACGCUACUACGAGGCUCUCCACAUCUGAAGAAGAUGUGGUAUUGAAUAUGAUUAAGUCUGGAAUACCAGAUCAGAUGAUCGUGGUGAAAUUGCGCGAAGAAUUUUGGAAUGAGGAGAACCCGCCGGAAAGGCAAGCGCGUCUAUGCUAUCUCACAACAAGAGAUGUUUACAAUAUUGCUGCACGUCAUGGUGAAGUAGCGGGUCGAUGGGACCCAGACGAUCGUACUUCAUUGAAAGUCCUGUUAAGAAAUGACAAAUCGCUCGCCGCGGUCAAAUUAGUCGAAACAAACAACUCUAGCGGCGAUGGAUUUGUCCUGGCCUUUGUCUCAAAAAAUGGAAAGAAAUACAUCGAACACUUUGGAUCGAGAGGAAUCGUCAUGGACGACACAUUUAACGUAACAAGAUAUUCAUUCCGCCUUGCCUCCCUAAUCGUCUCCGACGACUCCGGACGUGGCUUUCCUUCUGCACAUCUGCUGUCUUUUCAUAUGACCAGUGCAGAAGUUAAAAUCUUAUUCGAACUUGUAAAAGAAUGUGUCCCUACUUUCAAUCCAAGUUAUGUAAUAACGGACGACACCUACGUGUUCUUUAACGGUUUCAAAGAAGUGAUUAUUCCUCUCCUGAAUGUGAUUCUUUCGCAAGGAGAUGAUGUACAAACGGCCAACGAUCUAUUCAAGGCAGUGCUUUUCGAAGUCAAUGAAGCAAAGUUUGAGAGCUACUUUUACGCCUACAUGUCAUUCCUUGGUUCUAUCGAUGCUCAGGACAUGAUAAACGUAUGCCAUUCCUCUUUUAAAGCAUUCAUUAAAAAAGCCCUUUACAGUAUGUAA